AUGCGUUUUAUUGAUUUCAUUGCAGCUACUUUAAGCUCGGCAAACUCGUCCGAAGAUAUUCCUAUUGUGUCUAAUGUCUUGCGGAUAGAGCUGAACGCGAUUCUGUUUGCAAAUUAUGCCGCGAUUUUACUGCGAUUGGAUCGCGUUGACGAAGCGCUUAAGAAUGCAGACCAUGCUAUCGAGCUGGACCCCAAAUGGGCAAAGGCCUACUAUCGUCGGGGAGAAGCAUUGCGACGCUUGAAUGCACUCUUACCUGCUGUGGUCUCCCUUAGUGAAGGUGUUGCCUUAGAUCCUUCGAAUAAACUCAUUGCUGAACUACAAAUAGAUGUAUCACAACAGCUUUUUAAACAUUUCCCGCUGAAGCGUCUACAAAAUGUUGGACUAGAUCAUGACCGUUUCACAGUGCUCACUAUGACAGGUCAGGAACUCGCAGCAGCAGGCCACCACCGAGAAGCACAAAUAGUGCUCAGUCGAGCGCUAUCCCUUCAUACCCCAUCCCUGCGUCUGCGGGAGUCAGCAGUAUCGUCGCUGGCAUCUGUACACUUUUUGCUCGGCGAGUUCACGCAAGCAACCUUGCUCUACCAGCAGCAGCUUGAAAUACGUCUACAGCUGGAUGGACCGCCAGCUGAGGUGCACGACAAUGUGGCGACGAGCGCUGAAGCUGCUGGAAAUCAUGCGUUAGCCCUGUCUCAUCGCAAACAAAAGUUGGAGUUCCUAGACGACGUCGACAAGAAAAGAUUGGAGACGCAAAUUCGAAUAGGAAAAGGAGUGGUGCAUGCUUCAAUGGUAAGCUUUCGUUAA